AUGGAGUCUCGGACAGUCUACCUUGUUAGCGGGGCCAACCGCGGCAUUGGUCAUGCCAUCGUCACGCAGUUAGCCGCGCGCAGCGACGCUAUCGUCUUUGCCGGUGCUCGCAAUCCAGCUGGGGCUACCGACCUCCAAGCACUUGCUCAGGCAAACCCCGACCGUUUCCACAUCCUCAAGCUCGAAUCCGCGGACAAGGACAACAACGUCGCGGCCGUCGAGGAGAUCAAGCGAAUUGCAGGACACCUCGACGUCGUGAUCGCGAAUGCGGGCAUCGGCGAGGGAUUCGAGGCGGCCACCGGGAUAUCACCCCAGGUCAUGCUGAAGCAUUAUGAGAUCAACUCCAACGGCCCCCUCGUCCUGUUCCAGGCGGCACAUCCGCUCCUCAAAGAGAGCAAGACGCCCAAAUUCGUGGCCAUUUCGUCCGGGAUCGGCAGCAUCGCGCUCGCCAGCAAACUCCCCGUCCUCGCCUACCCCUACGGCGCGUCCAAGGCCGCCCUCAACUGGAUCAUGCGCAAGCUGCACCAUGACUUCAGUGACUUCACCAUAUUCCCCAUCAACCCAGGCGCGGUCAUGACGGACUUGGCAGCGCACGGCCGCGAAAAGGCCCCGGGCAUGAAGGAACUGCAGGACUACAUUUCUCUCAUCACUCCGGAGGAGAGUGCCAAGGGAAUCCUCGAGCAGAUUGACGUAGCCACGAGGGAGACGCAUGGAGGACAGUUCGUCGAUUAUACCGGCUUAGGGAAGUUAACUUGGUGA